ACAAGGUAAUUACUGUUGCACAAAAGGGAUUGGUCAUUAAUAAUCUCAUUUCCCAGAUGUUAUUUGAUACAUACUAUAAAUAAUAUUAUUUCCAAUAUAGUGUGCCCUUUGUACUUAUAAACACAAAAACUAUCUUCAGACAGCAAGAAUUCUAAUUCUUGAAAUAAACAUGCCCUCAAAUUGUAGUUUAAGACAAAAUAAAUAUGCUUAUCAUGUUUUAAUUCAGUUGAAUUUCAGAAGAUCUAAGGAAUUUAUGGAAAGAGAAAUUAGAGUGAGUUAAGCAUUAGAGUAGUUAGGUAGCUCUUGAACUUUAAACUUCCAUAUCACAGUACAAAGUUGUUUCUAAGAUAAGAAAUAGAAUAAAUUCUCUCCUAACGACAGACCUGGACGCUGAAUACCUUGAGGCUCACUCAACUGAGAUCAUGGCAUUUGAUGGUACUUGGAAGGUAGACCGGAGUGAGAACUAUGACAAGUUCAUGGAAAAAAUGGGUAUUAAUGUACUGAAAAGGAAGGUUGCAGCUCAUGACAAUUUGAAACUGAUAAUUACACAAGAAGGAAAUAAAUUCACAGUCAAAGAAUCAAGCAUUUUGCGAGAUGUUGAAAUUGUUUUUGAACUUGGUGUCACCUUUAAUUACAGCCUCGCAGACGGAACUGAACUCAGUGGAACCUGGAACCUUGAGGGAAAUAAACAAGUUGGAAAAUUCAAACGGCUAGACAAUGGAAAGGAACUGAAUGCUGUCCGAGAAAUUAUAGACGGCGAACUAGUCCAGACUUACAUGUAUGAAGGAGCAGUAGCCAAGAGGAUCUUUAAAAAGCAAUGAGCAUCAUUCUUGGAGCACAAAUACAAAUUAGACGGAAGAUCUAUAUUGUAUCAGAGCUGUUUUUCUCUCCCCAUCAAGGUUACUGACUGAUCAAUCCUUUUACACACAUCGGUAUAUGUCCAUUAUUGUCAAAGCAAAAGAAGUAAAAGCUAAUUAGGAUUUAAUUUUUUUUUAAUUCUCUAAGAUAUGCAUUUAUCAAUGUUUAAAAGAAUUUGUGACAUUUUUAAAAACACAAGAAUAAAUAUUGUUAAUAUUGUUCCCAUGUUGCUUUCUAGGUAGCCUUUCCUUUAAAUAAAAAAAAAAAAACAACAAUGUGAUAUAUGCAUUGAUAUAGACUUUUUUUUCUUUUCACAUUUGGCAAACUAAAACCAUGGGCUAUAUGGGGCUCUUUAAAAUCUUUACUGGUGGUGACUAAUUUUCUUGGUAACAUUUAUUGUUAUAAAAGUAACAUAUGUUCAAUCAGAAAACUUUGAAAUAAGAAAAGCAAAUGCAAAAUAAAUAUUUCCAUAAACCCACAAUCCAGAGAUAAUUACAAUUCAUUCUGAUUUGGAUAGAUAUCCUCCCAGUUCUCUUUUCCGGGUGUAGAUAUUUCCCAGUACAUAUACCACUUUGAAUAAGAUGACAGGAAACAAAUGAUGUGCUAA